AUGGCGAGAAGUCAGAACAGAACAUUUCGAUUGAUAAUUUGUCUGUUGGUGACCCCAACAACAAACUUCAUUCGUUCUGGGGUAAGAGCGGAGUUUCGCUCUGCGGGCGAUAUUCGCACCAAGUCCCAAUUGACAAUGGCUGUGAAUGGUCUGAGGGAUGAAAAGAAAGAUAAUUUUUUAUCGCCUGUUGCACUUUCUGAAAAAUCUGAAGAGGACUCUGGGCCCAAGAAGUCUAAAGAGGUGUCGGAAAAGGUUGGGAAACAGAUGCUGAUAUUAAAACAAAAGUUGCAGGCGGAAAUGAAUAGCAAAAAAUUGCUAGAAGAAAAAUUAGAAAUGGCAAAAAGCACAAUUGCCACACAAAAAAAAGAAAUUUUGUUGCUCCAGCGUCAACUGCAGUCAGGUGUUAGCGAGUUAUCGGGGCGAAGACUGGAGGGCUCUCUUCGAGAGGCAAACUUGUUAAAGCCCAAGUCAAGUGGUUUGGGAAGGGCAGAGAAGUCUUCUCAAGAAGACGAUGAUUCUCACUUACAAAAUAGCUUGAGUAGGCUAUGUGCUGAAAGAGAUGAGCUACUGAACUGUGUGAGGAAACAAGGUAAGCUGAUAGAAAUCCUGAAACGGCAGAAGCUGCAUUUGGAGGCCUUCAUUCUUGCCGAUAUGAGUGAAAAUGAACUUGGAAAGUACUUUGAUCUUGCUCGGAUAUAA